GGCGGGACUUCCGGGGGCGGAGACUAGCCUGCCAGAGCAGGAAGCAGAGAGAGGGCCGGUAGGGUACCAGUUGCAGGUCAGACCCCAAGUGCCCAGAAUCCCCCGGUUACCCCGACUGUCCUCGGGGUCAUGAUGCAGCCGAGAUUCUGGGCAACUUCCAGUUGAGGCGGCGGCGACGCCGCGGUGGCACCGGGUGCAUGCGGGUUGGCUGGCAAGGAUGCAGCCUGCACCUGCGAGCAUCCCGAACGGCCACCGCUGCAGCAGCCGCAAGCACAGAACAACCCGAGAUCGCGCCGCCAGCGGCCGCUAAAUCUUCCCCUAUUGGGCGCCCGUGGAGAAGACAACCGAAAAAGAGAACUUGCCAAAGUCUUGAUUUAGUUCGUAAACUCGGCAGUUUAAACAACUGUUAAAAAUGCCUUGGGCCUUUAAUAGAAAUAACUGGAGGAGAUGGAUCCGACCCCUGCUGGUACUCCUUUAUGUAGCUGCUCUUCUGGUAGCUGUUCCUAUUUGUAUUUGGCAAUUUCAAAAACCGAAGGUUGGCAUACACAAAAAGGCUUGGUUUAUUGCUGGGAUAUUCCUGCUGUUGACCAUUCCCGUGUCCAUGUGUGGGAUCCUUCAACAUCUGGUGCAUUACACUCAACCUGAACUUCAAAAACCGAUCAUAAGAAUCCUUUGGAUGGUCCCAAUAUACAGUCUGGAUAGUUGGGUGGCUUUGAAAUAUCCCAAAAUUGCAAUAUACGUGGACACCUGGAGGGAGUGUUACGAAGCUUAUGUCAUCUAUAACUUCAUGAUAUUCCUUACCAACUAUCUGACAAUCCAAUUCCCAAACUUGAUACUACACCUGGAAGCUAAAGAUCAGCAAAACCACCUCCCUCCACUAUGCUGCUGUCCACCAUGGGCAAUGGGAGAAAUGUUGCUCUUUCGGUGCAAGCUAGGAGUGCUGCAGUACACCGUGGUCAGACCAAUCACCACCGUCACUGCCCUGAUAUGUGAAAUUCUUGGAGUAUACGAUGAAGGAAACUUUUGUUUCUCCAACGCUUGGACAUACCUGGUUAUAUUAAACAAUUUGUCACAACUGUUUGCCAUGUACUGCCUGCUACUAUUUUACAAGGCCCUGAAGGAAGAGCUUAAGCCUAUAAAACCCGUUGGCAAGUUUCUCUGUGUCAAACUCGUGGUCUUCGUUUCCUUUUGGCAAGCAGUACUUAUUGCUUUGUUGGUUAAAGUGGGAGUUAUUUCAGAAAAGCGGACCUGGGAAUGGCAAAGUGCAGAAGCUGUAGCCACGGGCCUGCAGGAUUUCAUCAUAUGUAUUGAGAUGUUUUUGGCCGCACUUGCCCAUCACUAUACUUUCUCCUAUAAACCCUAUGUCCAUGAAGCGGAGGAAGGCUCCUGCUUUGACUCCUUCCUCGCUAUGUGGGAUGUUUCUGAUAUUAGAGAUGAUAUUUCUGAGCAAGUGAGGCGUGUCGGGAGGACAAUGCGAGGUUAUCCAAAAAAGAAAUGUUUUCCUGGAGACCCGGACCAAAAUGAACAUUCAAGUCUACUUUCCUCCUCUUCACAAGAUAUACCUUCUGGCUCUUCAAAGCCACCCUCCCCAGUGGGCCUAUACCAAGGUUUUGGACACACAGUUACAUCACAGAGCCCUGUCUUUAUAGCCAACAUAUAUGAAGCUAUCUUAAAUAACAUCCCAGAAGAACAGCAGAAGCUUCUUGUUAGAGGACAAGAUAGCAUACAUGACAUCCCAAAACAACAAAAGCUUCUUGAUUCAGGCCAACAUAUCAUAGUUAACAUCCCAGAAGAGCAGAUGGAAGUUCCUGAUCAAAGCUACUAUCAAAAGUGUGUACCAGCAGUUACCUCACAGGCUUUAUUUUCAUCAGAGCCAUCUGAAGAUUCCGUGAUUGACAUGUUGGAAUCACUGCAGGAGCUGUCUGAUUCAUCCACGGACCCUUAAAGCUGCCACAUCCUCCUGUACAGUUUAAAAUUUAAGAUAGGCUAAAAAUAGAUAGACAUAUAACAGUAAUAUGCACAUAUAUUUGUAUAUAUUUUAUAUAUCACAAAUAUUUAAAUUUCCUAAGCUUUGGCUUUCUUAAACUGUUAGGAUAUCAUAUAUUCAAACAGUAGGUAACAACUUUAGCAGAUGGUCUUGAGUUUAUCAAACAGAAGAAAAUUAAAAAAAAAAUCCUUCAUACCACUGCAUGAAUGUAAUGCUCUGGGCUGAAAAUUUGAAUUAAUUGAAUUUAAUCUAAUCCUAAUCAUGUGCAAUUUAACUUUACAUAACUAUACUGUAUUUAAACUCAUAAAACUCUUAUGUGUCUUAUUCUUUUUUUUUCCUCGAGACAAGGUUUCUCCCAUGUAUCCAUGGUUGCCCUAGAACUUGUUGCAAGAUACUUCCUAUCCAUUCACAUUGAGGGAGUUUGAGGCCAGGGAUUAGAGGAGGAGGAGCUAGGAGAAGUGAGGAGAGGGAGAGAGAGGGAGGGAGAGAGGGAAGGAGGCUUGGGGGAACCACGUGAGCAAAGAGAGGGAGACUCCGAUAUCCAGAUGGUUUCAGACGUAUUUCUGGUGUUUUGGAGAGGUUAGAAAUAUUGGGAUAAGACUAUCAUUGUAAAUUGGCAUUAUGUAAUUGGGAGUUUUAUACACAUAAAUAUAUUUGGUUAACUA